AUGUACGUCAACAAAUGUUUGAUUAAACCCAUUCGGAAUACGAAAAAAAGCGAAAUACCAUCCAUUAGCGUGCCUUUUCCACCAGAAUUAACAGUAGAGGAAAUUUUGAGACGUAGACCUGACGCAAAACUAGGAUCAAGAGCGCCAAACCGCUUUUUUAUAUAUAGGCUGGCCUACAUAAAAGAACUCAGAAAACGAGUAGAUGAUACUGUCUCUAUGACAAAGAUAUCUCCUCAUAUAGGUUUAUCUUGGGCUAAAGAAUCUACUUCCGUAAAAGAAGCAUAUAAGAAAUUAUCAGACAAGGUGGAAGAACGAUUGAAAGAAAUAAGACAAAACGAAACCUUGGUCCUUAUUUCCGAGAACUUUCCGCCCCAACAACCACGAUCUCCACAACAUCCAUUAUCUCCACAACAUUCAUCAUCUCCACAACAAUUAUCAUCUCAACAACAACAUCAACGCUCAUCAUCUGAACUUAGUGAAAAUAAUAUUGUCGCUGAAGAAAAUUAUAAUUUAAUAAACUGUCUUUAUCCUUCUUACCCGCCAUAUGAUCAAUACCCAAUUGACCAAAUCGAAGACGUUUUGCAAAUGGAUCCUACUCCUUCCUUUGACGCAUCUAUUUUUUAUCAGGAUAUGGUCAACUACGAACAUCAUCACUGGCCAUAUUAUUAUGAGUCAAAUGCACCAUGCUUCUGGUUGGUAGAAGAUAAUUCGAUUCUAGUCGACUUUAAUAAUACAAUCGAGUCGAUUCUAAAUCAGCAAUUCGAUUAUUAA